AAAAGUUUAUCCAAAGCACAAGAUCUCGGUUUUGGUUUGUUUUGCCGUUAUUCUUCCCUUUCCUUAUGUCCCUCAUUGGAAAUAGCAAGCCUCCUGGGUAGCACUAACUCUAAACUUCUUUGCAGAGAUGCUGAGGAUGCAAUUUAUGGAAGAAAUGGUUAUGAUUAUGGCCAGUGUCGGCUUCGUGUGGAGUUCCCCAGGACUUAUGGAGGUCGGGGUGGGUGGCCCCGUGGUGGGAGGACUGGGCCUCCUACAAGAAGAUCUGAUUUCCGAGUUCUGGUUUCAGGACUUCCUCCAUCAGGCAGCUGGCAGGACCUGAAAGAUCACAUGCGAGAAGCUGGAGAUGUCUGUUAUGCAGAUGUGCAAAAGGAUGGAAUGGGGAUGGUUGAAUAUCUCAGAAAAGAAGAUAUGGAAUAUGCCCUGCGUAAACUGGAUGACACCAAAUUUCGCUCUCAUGAGGGUGAAACUUCCUACAUCCGAGUUUAUCCUGAGAGAAGCACCAGCUAUGGCUACUCACGGUCUCGGUCUGGGUCAAGGGGCCGUGACUCUCCAUACCAAAGCAGGGGUUCCCCACACUACUUCUCUCCUUUCAGGCCCUACUGAGACAGGUGAUGGGAGGCUUUUUCUUUAUUUUCUAGAUGACCUGAGCUGCUUUGUGCUCAGAAUCUACAUUCCAGAUUGAUGAUUUAGUGUCUUAGAAAAUUUUUUAAAAUUUUUUUUUAAGGAAAAAAUACAUAAUUUCUACCAGGGCCAUAUUAGCAGUGAAAUGUUUUAAACUGCAGGCAUUGUGGUUUUGGUUCAGAAACAAGUUGUAUAUUUUUCAC